GAAGAAGAACGAUUCAUUUUCUGUUUACUUCUGAUUCAAAUUUAAGUAGCGUUUGAGUAAAAGACGGUAAGAGAUGAGAUACGAGCGUGUGUCACUGUGGUCGUUAUAUUUAUGAAACACACAGAUUGUUGAAAUAAUACGUUGAUGUUACCGCUAAACACACGGAAAUGUCGGUUUUCCCUCAGCUUUCCACGAACCCAGAAGUGCGAGAACAUCUUCGCAAUGUUUAUACAAACAACGAGCUGGUGUGUGAGUGUGGUGCAGAUGAGGCUGAUCUGGUGUUUGAGGCUCUGCUGUGCUGUCUGUCUCAUCCGCCUCUGUUCACCUGUCUGAGAGCCAGCACACACCUGCACUCACUUCAGGACAUCCAGCUCCGGCUCCAGCAACAUUUAGCACAGCAGGAAAGGUCUCCAUCAGUUUACACUCACCCACAGCUUCCAGAUGUUCUGCUGCUUCCAGUCCACGGCCCUCGGCCCGUGGAUCCGCUGGCCUCUGAAGUGAUAGUUGGCGCUCAGUGUGGUAAUGCUGUUCUUCGAGGAGCUCAUGUGUUCACGCCUGGCAUCCUCAGCACGCCAAAGUACAUGAAAGUGGGCGAGGUGGUGUCUGUUUUCUCUGAUGUGGAGGGGAAGUGCACACGCGGAGCCAAAGAGUUCAAAGGCAAGAAGGUGUUUCUGGGUAACGGGAUUUCUGAGGUGGAUCGCUCUGAGAUAUUCAGCUCAGAUGGACCCGGGAAGGGUGUUGCGAUUCGAAUGACUGAGCCUCUCUAUCAAAGCCCUUCCUUUGACGGUGUUCUUACAGAUCAGCUCUUUCUACAGAACCUGCCGUCUGUGGUGGUGGGUCAUGUUUUAGGACCUCGUCCAGGAGAGCGAAUCCUCGACAUGUGUGCCGCUCCUGGAGGAAAGACCACACACAUCGCUUCUCUCAUGGGAAACCAGGGUACUGUUGUGGCCUUGGAAAAAAUCCGAUCCAAAAUGGAAAAGAUCAUUCAGAACGCAAAGAUGCUGCAGUUGGACUGUAUUAAAGCAUAUUGCUGUAACAGUGUGCAUGCUGUGAGCUCAGAUCCCGCUCAGUGCAGUGCAGACGGUCCCCCGUAUCCUGAGGAGAGUUUUGACCGGAUAUUAUUAGACGCUCCCUGCAGUGGUUUAGGUCAAAGACCCAACAUGAGCUACAGCUGGAGUCUGAAAGAAGUCUGUUCCUACCAGCCUCUGCAGAGAAAACUCUUCACUACGGCUGUGCGUUUGUUAAAAAGAGGCGGUGUUUUGGUGUACAGCACCUGCACCGUGACGCUUGCGGAGAAUGAAGAGCAGGUCGCCUGGGCUCUCAAGACAUUCCCCUGUCUAACACUAGAGCCACAGGUGCCUCUUUUAGGAUCGGAGGGGAUGUCGGGAGCGGGUCUGUCACAUGACCAGCGGCGCCUGCUACAGAGAUUUAGACCAGAAUUAGCUUGGAGAGGAGCGGGUGUCCCACAUUCCCCCGAGAGCCUCCUACAAAACGCCAACGCGGAUACUAUCGGCUUCUUUAUUGCCAAGUUCAUAAAAAGGUAGUAAGCUGAAGAAGUAUGGCACUAAACAGUUGAACGCAUCAAAGAUAUGUUGUGGGACCGCUGACUUUUAUCGUAUGAACAAAAAACAGACAUUUUUAAAAAUAUCAGGUGAGGUUUUUGUGUACUUGAACCACUUAUUUGAAGGACACAAAUUAAAUAACAGGGUAAAAAUAUUUAUUAAUCCUCAGAAAGUAAACAGAAGGGUAUGUAAACUUUUGAAUAGGAUCAUCUGUGUAAAUUAUUAUGUCUUUUGGUAAAUAUUUAAACACCCUUCAGAAUUUAUUUACGCAGUUCCCAAAAUGACUUUUUAAAUAGAUCAUCCGUUUCAAAUGCUUACUGGUUUAAUGUAGUGUGUCGCCUUUAUGACCAUCAAAUAAUGUUUUUCAUUUUUCAUAAUGGCCAUAAUUGUCAGUAUGUGCUUCACUACUCAGAGACUCGUCAACCAUCACAAAACAUACAAACAGUCACUGAUCCUCAAGAAAGCUACAGACCACAAUAAGAUCCAAGAGGAUGUAAACUUUUAAAGUAACAGGAUUGUGUGGGCAAGUUUUUUCUUGUGUAAUGUAUGCAAGUAAAAAAUUAAUAAUAAAAACAUUUUCUGAUACCUCUUUUUUUUUUUUUUUUUUUUUCUUUUUACAAAUAUUCUGCAACUUCAUGAGCACUGUGAGGUGCAUAGAAUUGCAUAAUCAACUCAAGAAAACGGAAUAAUUUGCUUGUAAUUUUUAGUUUCUCACUGUGUGGAUGACUGUACUCUUUCCUCAUCCACUUGCGCAAAAGACUGCAGGCUGUAUUUCUGCAUCAAAAUGCAAACACUGCAUAAAUCAAUACAAUAAUAAUUCAUUAAUUCACUCAUGAGCAGCAGUUAUACUCCAAACGCCUAAAAUACUCUGCAUUUGUCAAAUCUCUUGCAAUUCAGGGACAAUAAGGGCGGGGAAACAAACCUAAAACAGUCUUCUUCUUUUAUUUAACAAAUUAGCUGUGGCAUUUCAUUAACUCUUGCUCAAUUGAUCAGAAACGGUUGCUUAUAAGAGUUCAGGACUGCUGGAGAAACAAACCAAAACUAUCAUGAUGUUUUUGUAAUGUCUUUAUCCUUUAUGCAAGGCAAUACACACCUUUGCAACAUUAACACACAAGUAAUUAACAUUAAAUAACAAUUUUAAAAUACAUCCACACAACAUAAAAUAAAUCUCCUAUUUUGUUUUAAAACUUAAAAAAUCAGCAGUGUAGAUGAAAUCGAGAAUUCAACAUGAAACUUUUUUUUUUCCUGUAAUGUGAAGUUUUCCUGGGUGAACAGAAUAUUCAAUAACAACAAA